AUGCUACCGCGACGAUAUCUGCAGCUACCCGCAAUUGGCAGCAUCCUCUCCUCCUUUGUCUCCCUCAAAACGACGCCGUUGUGGUGCGACAUUGUUGCAGUCGCAUACACCUACCUACCUACACAAGCUUCGCGCUCGCUGUCCGCUGCUGAUGCGCCGGCCCAUAUGCCGCACCCGCCCACUGCCGUCGCGUUUCGCUAUCCCGUCUCCGAACUCACCAACCGCCCGCUGAGGGUACAAGCAUACACCGGAUACCAAUUACCUCUCUGUGUACGGAGUACAUAG